CAAAGAGUCCAGACACACUCAGCGAGCCUCUUCAGCAGUCAGAACAGUACUUAGUCACAUCAUCUGAAGUAAAGGACGCGUUUACAACAGGCUUCUUUGGUUGGACUUCGGCGUCUCUUGACUGGACUGAACACCCGGGCCUGUUGCUGAGGAACUUCAGUCCUGCAUACUGAUUCCCCGUCUCUCAGCACCUCUGCUACAGCGCUGGGCGGGAGGAAGAGACUGCUGACCCGCCAUGUUUCUCGCACUGGUGGUGACACCAGAGCUCAGGGAGUUCCUGGCCAGGGCAAGAGGUGGAGCAGUGCGCCUCAUGAAGGUGCGCAUCCAAGAUGAGCAGCUGGUGCUGGGGGCCUACAGAGAGCCAGAAAAGAGCUGGGACCAGGAUUAUGAUCACUUCCUGCUUCCUCUCCUGGAUGACCAGGAGCCCUGCUACAUCCUAUACCGUCUCGACUCCCAGAAUGCACAGGGCUACGAGUGGAUCUUCAUAUCAUGGUCCCCUGACCAGUCUCCGGUGAAACAAAAGAUGCUGUAUGCCGCCACCCGUGCCACAGUGAAGAAAGAGUUUGGCGGUGGCCACGUGAAGUAUGAGAUAUUUGGCACAGCUGAGGAGGACAUCUGUUUGCUAGGCUACCAGCGUCAUGUGUCGUCCUGCUCGGGUCCUGCCCCGCUCACAUUAGCCGAGCAGGAGCUCCAGAGGAUCAAAAUCAGCGAGGGCCGCGUUAAACAGGUGAAGACAGAAAUCAGUGUGGAGAGUAAGCACCAGACACUUCAGGGCCUCGCUUUCCCACUGCAGGAGACAGCCAAAAGAGCCCUGCAGCAACUGGCCCAAAAACGCAUCAACUACAUCCAACUGAGGUUGGAUGUGGAGAAGGAGACAAUCGAGCUGGUCCACUCCAACCCGACAGAAACCCGCGACUUGCCCCGCAGAGUUCCCAAAGACACUCCCAGAUACCACUUCUUCCUUUACAAACACUCCCACGAAGGAGACUACCUGGAAUCUGUCGUGUUCAUAUACUCCAUGCCAGGAUACAGCUGUAGCAUUAAGGAGCGCAUGUUGUAUUCCAGCUGCAAGAGUCGACUACUUGAUGGGGUGGAGAAAGAUUACCAUUUGGAAAUUGCUAAAAAGUUGGAGAUCGAUAACGGAGAUGAACUGACGGAGGAGUUUCUGUACGACGAGGUCCACCCCAAGCAGCACGCCCACAAACAGGCCUUCGCUAAGCCCCGCGGCCCAGCCGGGAAAAGGGGACACAAGCGCCUCAUUAAGGGGCCGGGAGGGACUAUACAGGAAAGCUAGAGGCAUAUACAUUUUCCCCUACAGUCAAGUCUGCAGUUCCAGUCCUCCCCAUUUGCCCAGACCCAAUAACACCUCAUCAGGCUCAGAGGAACGGGCACAGUAAUGGAUUUCCUUUGCUGUUUGUCUACUGAGACAAUUGUGCUAUAUAACAAAAUGUUUUUGAUGAAAAUAUGCUAUGUUAUAUUUGGUUCGUCUCCCCCUAAGACAAAUCAAAUCCCACAGACAAAUACAAAGAUAUCUGACAUAUCAAAGAGAACAUAACAACUGCAAGGGAAAAUAAUUCAUGUUUAUUGAUGAUUUCCUCUGUUAAAUAAAGAGUCUGGAGGCUGAAACCCAGACAGAUGACCCCUUGUUAUUGUGAAGCUAAUCUGUCUGGUUCUUUAUAUCUAUAAAAAUACAUCUGCAGUUGACAGUAUAAUAGACUCGUAUUGAAUUGUAAAUGCAUUGUCAGAUGUUUCAGUUCUCAUGUCUAGCCUCCAAUAUGGGUUUUAUAUCAACAAUGUUUGUAAGAAAUAAACAAUAUGAAAGAAAAUUCUAAAUAAA